AUGAAUGAUGUAACCAAACAUCGUAUUUGUAUGGUUUCUGAUUUUUUCUAUCCACUUAUUGGUGGUGUUGAAAAUCAUAUAUAUCAAUUAUCACAAUGUUUAAUUCAACGUGAUUACAAAGUAAUUGUUGUUACACAUGCUUAUGAUGAUCGUGUUGGUGUUCGAUAUAUGAUGAAUGGACUUAAAGUCUAUUAUUUACCAUAUAAACCUUUUUAUAAUAAUACAAUUUUACCGACUGUUUUUAGUACAAUUCCAUUAAUACGUUCGAUUUUACUUCGAGAACAAAUCACUAUUGUACAUGGACAUUCUUCUUUUUCAACAUUAGCUCAUGAAACAAUGCAUCAUGCUAAAACACUUGGUAUUCGUACUGUAUUUACCGAUCAUUCAUUAUUUGGUUUUGCUGAUUUGAGUUCAAUAUUAACAAAUAAAGUUCUUCAAGUAUCACUUGUUGAUUGUCAUCAUAUUAUAUGUGUUUCACAUACGUGUAAAGAAAAUACAAUGUUACGUGCUAAUUUAAAAUCAUCUAAAGUAUCUGUUAUUCCAAAUGCUGUAGAUUCAUCAGCAUUUACACCUGAUAUAAGUCUUCGUCCAUCAUCAUCAUCAGAUGAAAUUAUUAUUAUUGUUGCCAGUCGACUUGUUUAUCGUAAAGGAAUUGAUCUUUUAAUUGGUAUUUUACCAAAAAUUCUUCGAAAAUAUCCAAAUGUUAAAUUUCGAAUUGCUGGUAAUGGACCAAAAGAAAUUGAUAUUCGUGAAGUAAUUGAGCGUGAAGGUACUGAAGAUCGUGUUGCAUUAGAGGGUUCAGUUAGUCAUGAUAAAAUGCGAGAUUUUCUCAAUAGUGGACAUAUAUUUUUAAAUACAUCGUUAACAGAAGCAUUUUGUAUGGCUAUUGUUGAAGCUGCUGCUUGUGGUCUCCUUGUUGUUUCAACUAAAGUUGGUGGAAUACCUGAAGUACUGCCGUCAAAUGAUACACAAUCCGAUAUAAUGAUCUUAUGUGAAGCUAAUAUAAAUGAUGUUUUUAUUGGUUUAUGUAAUGCGAUUGAUAGAAUACAAAUUGGUCAAAUACCUAAUGCUUAUGAAUGGCAUAAUAAAAUAAAAAAUUGGUAUUCAUGGUAUUGGGUUGCACAGAAUACAGAAAUUGUUUAUAAUCAUAUAAUAUUUCAAAAAACAAUUAAUCUUAAAGAACGUAUUCAAAAAUAUAAACAAUGUGGAUUUGUUAGUGGUUUUGUAAUGAGUUUUGUAGCUAUAAUAUCUUAUUUAAUAUUUCUUUUUCUUGAUUAUAAUCAACCUAGACGAUUAAUUGAUUUAUCUAUUGAUUAUUCAAAAGAAGAUUUUGAAUAA